GCACCCCGCUCUGACCGUAGCCUGUAUGCAUGUUGUCAUGAUGAUGUUACAGAUACUUAACAGUUAACACGUUUCAUCCCAACACUUGAGCACGCUUAUGGUCGCACCUUUUAAACUUUCUGUUAGGCUGUUUUUUGGCUGCUCUCGAAAAUACCUACCGUAACUUUGAACUUAUUUUGUUUAAUCUUUAAAAUGAUUUGCAUUUGGUUAGUUGUUUCGCAGUUUUGCACUUUGCACUGAUGGUAAGAUGGUAACUGAUCAAAGCAUUGGUUUAUCGGAACGCUCGUACCUAGCAUACUUAACCUGUCGCCCCCAUUCGCAUACAGACUGUCGAUUUAUUUGAAUUCUCCGUGGCAGAGAGCCAAUACAGGACGUCAGCGUAUUGGGCUUAAACUGUGGUCAUAUCCUAAAUAUAAAAAUUUAGGAGAGGUGUCAUUUGCAUUGAUCUUUCGAGUUUCGACUAUCAGGAGAACGACCAAAAUACUUUGGUCGCGGUGCUUUGGUUUUAGUGUUUUCUUGUUAGAUUAAUGGCUCUUUGUCUGCAAAUCAUAUGCCAGUAAUCCUGCCGGGUAGCGUAAAUUAAUGCUGGGGGAAAAUUCGAUUGUUUAUGACUUCUGGACCGCUAAGCAGUAUUAGCAACGUAAUUUCGGAGAGCUCAGAUUCAGCUGACCAUAGAGACGAUUUUAUGGCAGCCGUCGACCGGUGUCAUAGCACUAUUCGCACCCAAGUGCUCGAGCGAUCAGAUGAAGUUGCGAAUUUUUUCGUGAACGCAUGCCACAAACUUGAUAUCGACCACCCCCAUGAUUAUUUAUCGUAUAUCGAUAACAACGUCCUGAAUAUCCAGUCUUUUGUCAAAACCCAGUUUCUUCAGCUUCAAAAUGACAUACGCUAUUUAAGAGGUGCGCCGAAUGAAGAAUUGCCUUCAGCUGUGGAAAAGAAGCUUAGUCGGCUAUUAUCCCAGUCCCACAAUAGCUAUGCUGCUUUUCGAGACACCCUUUCAAACCAAGGUUUAUCGCAGCGUGAUCAGUCGGUAUUGCUUCCCGGCGGAAACUCUAAUCUAACGACCACGCCCAGCGAAUUACCGUCUGACACCAUUCCAGGCGACACCGAAGCAUCAGCUAAUUCUGCCGAACCGAUUUUCUCUGCAAGAGGAAGUCAGUCUUUGGGAGGAGCUUCUCCUAGAUCAAAAGAAUCCAGUGGAAGUGCUCUACCGCGCAAUCAGUCAGAUGCCAAUCCCAGAUCCUCAGUGACCAAUCAGCCGAUCUCCGAUGUAACGGUCUUGGAACAGUACUCUACGAUCGAACGCAGAAACAGUUUUCCUAGUCGAAAUCAGUACAGAGAUUCGCAACAGAGCAGGAGCUCAACAACGCAAUCCCUAGAUUCUGCUGGAUCGCUGCCAAGACGAGCGUCUACUCAAUCAAUAAGUUCGACAGACAGCACAUCACGGGUAAAAAUUACUGUUCCCAGAGAGUCCAUCUCGUCUCCUGUACCAGAUGAGGGUGGUCAGAGAUCCAGGAUAUCAGUGCCCACUGAGGAAUCGAUUCCCUCUCGUCAAUCGCGCACCAGCACCAGCUCGCUACCGUCUGAAUCACAUGCCGUACAAGAAGCGAUAUCGGAGACUUCACAGCCGUUCGACGAUUCACCGUCUUAUCCAAGGAGAUCGAGCAAGCAGGACCCAAACUCACACACCUCAGGGAGCCGCCCAUCGAUAGCUUCGACGCUAUCCGAGCCAGCGAAGCAAUCCCGACAAAGUGUCGAUGGUGCGUCCAGGCGAAAAAGUACUAUUAGCGACGAAACAUGCCCAGAUGAAGAUAUUUCUCGAACAGAUACGUCUUGCGAGCCAGAAACAUUGCCGUCUCUUGGCAGUCUUCCGCGCAAAAAGUCUUCGGCGAAGUCAAGCGUUAUUGACGAGAUGCCAACGAAAGGUUCUCCUCAAAGGGCACUGCGGGAAAGACGGUCCACUCGUAGAAGUCUGCACUCCCAAAGGUCAGAUCCGCUGCAGGGAAGCAGCUCAUCCAGCUCAUCAUGUGAAGAAGAAGCAAUAUCCCGUCAAAGCAUCCAGGGUCCGCCUGGCAGCCGGACUUCGAUCGAGCACCGAACCUCAGACAAAGGCCCUUAUAUUCAUGUCCACUCUCGCAUAGAGCACCCACAAAGCCGCGUAUACAAGAGUUUUAGCCGAGAUUCGGAGGAAAAUGCAUUACAUCAGCCAAGUAAAGCGUCCAGCGACUCACGCGGAAGUGUCCCGUCCACAAAUUUGAAUUCUCGCCAAGGCAUGCAUAAAACAUCAGCGAAUCACGGUUCAGCAAAGGGAGCAAGCAGAGAACCACAACAGGAGACCCAAAAAAAAGGGGCGCACAAAAAGGAGUCAUUGUUGUCUUUGCGCUCCCACAGAAGCCCAAAAAAACGCCACGCAGCCGCCAGUAAAACCUCCGUAGUCAGUUCGGCUGGAGAUUCCGGCGCGUCGGAGGAGAAAAUGGUUAAUAACUCCCGAUCCACUCGGCAUCGACCGUCAGUCAAUCGGUCGAUACCCCGGUCGGCUCUGACAAAUAGAAGCUCUUUACGCUCGCACGGAGGCACUACAGGUCGGACUGGAUCGUCGACCACAAUCCAUACCGUGCCACCAGAACACCAUUCUCAAUCUGACACGAUCCAGACGAAAACUCCCAGUUCCGUCACUUUCAAGAUAGCUCACAGCCAGUCUCGGUCCCCUAGCCGCUCUCGAUUGAACACAACUCCGUCCGCAAGAACCACCAGCAGUGGUGGAUCAAAACCAUCUACCAGAAGCGCGCGAAGCGAAAUUACGCAAGUUCCCAGUGACACAAGUCAGGUGUCCGGCAAACCAUCUGGACUAGGUUCCCGUUACUCAAAAACCAGCGGCAAUUCCCGAUUGCGGAAACCGUCCGCAAGUUAUGGCUCCAGCAUGUCCAAUGCUUCACGCAAAUCAGAGCGCUCAAAAUUUCAGCCAGCAGGUAGUGAGAAAUCUCUUCUGGUUCAUAUGACUGCCUCCCAUAGUUCGCAACGAAGUGGACGGACAAGCCGGUCACCUGCCAGUCAACGAUCCAGAUCGUACCAUAGCACACGUACCGCAUUUUCUAAGGAACCCAGCAGUAGCCGGCAUUCUGCAGUAUCAAGUGCUCCAAAGUCCAUCGCUACACGGGCGACAGAGCGGUCUAUCGACCGGCGUGAGAAAGAUCAGUAUUCGGCACGAUUGACCCCUUCAAAUUCUCGAUUCACUGUGGAGCACACGGUGUCCCACGAACCCAGCGAAAUCGAAAGCAAAGUUUACACGAAGGCGUCAGACUUAUCACACCGGACUGAAAGAAGUGGAAGAGCUGAUCGCCCUCUGGAAAGUUCUGCGCAGUUUUCGCAUCGAACAGGCAGAUCCCAAAAUUCCGGAAGGUCAGCAGCGCCCAUUGGCAACCGCUCGGAUAGAUCUGAGAUUCAAAGACCGGAGAGUCGGCAUUCGGGGAAAUCUGCCGCAACCCGCCCAACGGCUUCGAGGCAUACCGAUCGAUCGGAUUUGAGUAAACAUUCCAUCCGAACGACCACGACGGCGUCCGGGCGAACCCGCCAUAGCGAUCGUUCUAGCGAAUUAUCCACUGCGACAUCGCCAUCUAAACAUACCGCUCGCUCCGAUCCAAGUAAGCAUUCAAUUAGGACCACAACAACAGCUUCAGGACGUACCCGCCACAGUGAUCGGCCAAGUGAGACAUCUGUUUCCGCAGCGCCAUCUAAGCAUACCGAUCGGUCGGAUUUGAGUCAGCACUCAGUGAGGACCACCACCACAGCUUCCGGGCGCACUCGCCACAGUGAUCGGCCCAGCGAGUUAUCCAUCUCUGCUACGCCCUCUGGACACAGCGUCCGCUCAUUGCACCCAGUCAGGACUUCCUCGCACGUUUCGCGCUUAAGUGACCGUUCUGGGAAGUUCCAGCCGGUUAGCAGUAGAAGCGGACAUAGUGUUCGCUCGAUCAGUCCAGCCCGGACGGCUUCCGAUAUGUCACGGCAUAGCGAUCGGCCUAGUAAAUCUACGCUGCGGUCAGUCCCUUCUAGCGCAUACGAUAUGGGACCGUCAGUAUCAGUGGAAAGUUUACGAAGUACCAGCUCACGCAAUCGCGCCUCAUCGCCAAAUGGAAGCGGGGUAAUCGCUGUGUCGAGUCAUUCAAGUGAACGCUCGUUUUACUCGGAAGUGCACAGCAUUCACUCGGAGAUUGAACGAUCCGCUAGUGGCACGUCUUUCCCAGCACCGUCCAACAUACCAUCCAGACUGCAGCCCGAUCUUCUACAUCCUAACAUGGCAUAUGGCAUGAAACCCGGGAUGUCGCGGACCUCCAACAUACACAGUACGGCCAGCCACAUGUCGCCGAAGCAUUCGCAGUUUUCUUGGACAUACAGUGGCGCUUCGGGUGGAUCAAGUCGUAGUGGGGAGAGUGGUGAAAGUGAUGAUCAAAGCGAAGAAUAUUCACACACUUCUUUGGCCAAUAAAAGCAGUGCCCAUUCGCAACUGUCUACACGCUCGCAGCAGAGCCAAACAGAAAGUGAAUAUACCGGAACCGAUGGAGCAGUUGAAUCGGAUAACAGUAUUGCCAGCGACGCAUCUGAUUAUUCUCUGGCAGCAAGGAAAAAGAAGCGAAAGAAAAAACAAAACGAGAGAUGAAAGUGCCGGAUUUUACCAUAUUUUAAUUUGUAAUGUUUCUUCUCCAGUUUUCUUCACACUUUUAAAUUUUUAUGCACAAAAGGAUGGUUUGUCGUGGCUACUUUACGCAGCCACAAAAACGCUUCAUGAUGAUUUCCUCGUGUUGUCGGUUUUGUAAACAGUUGUGUCAAUACAAAUAAUAAAAAUAAUUUCGCAUUUUCUGCACUA